CUCUCUCCUCUUUUUCUGUGAAAGCACAAUUCUGUGGAGUCGUUGUCCUGCAAAUUGUUGGUUUAGUCUUUGUUGUGUAAAGCUCAGACUCCAACCAAUCUGUUUUACGCACAAGCGCGAAUGAUAUUUGGAUAUAAAAUCUGAGAUUAGCACACUCCUUUAUAGCUAAGAAGGCCAAGUUUAGGCCACUGAUUUGUAUCAGAAUUAAUCACCCCACUAUCUUUGCUUUCUUCUUUUUUUAUUUCCCUGGAAAAUAGUGAAGUAAUCGUCGUUCUUCUUUGUUCUUUCUGCUUUCUGGGUUUCUUCACAGCUUCUUCAGUUUAUGGGCGAUCAAAGCUAUCGUCUUUUUCAGAAGGGGUUGAAAAACAGAGUAUAUAUUCACUGAAGACGAGAAUAAGAUGCGGGGUUUGAAGCUCACUGAACGGUUCAAGAGCACUCAAGUUCAUGCCCUUUAUUCUUCAGACACCAGUGCCAUCAGCGAAACCUCUAAGCGAAGUAGAUAUCGAAUCCAAUCAUUUGGAUCAAAAUCCAAAUCCAGAAUCAACUCAAUCUCAGGAAUUGACAAGAACCUUCCUUUUCCACUACCUUCUUCCGACUCCCUCGAACCCCCCAUUGACCCUUACCUUAAACCCAUAAAUCUUGUUGAGACUUUGUCAGACAUAUAUUCCCGCCUAGAAAAUUGCCCACGGUCCCAGAAACCGUUGCUCUGCAUCGAACAGUACUCUCUUCUUCGCUGCCUUGGAGACCUGAAGUUACUUCGUCGAUGUCUCCAAACAGCCCGAGAGAACGCCGACGAUAUUCCAACAAAGAUUGUGCUUUCGGCAUGGCUAAGGUUCGAAAGAAGGGAGGAUGAAUUCGUUGGUGUCUCUUCAAUGGACUGUAAUGGGUACAUGCUCGAAUGCCCAAAGGCCAAUUUAGCAUCUGGGUAUAGUCCGUGUUCGGUUGCAAGUCGUUGCCAGUGUCUCCAUCAGCCAAAUCAAGAUAUUAUUACGAUUUCAGAAGAAAGUGUGAAUUUACCAGAUGAAGAAAGUGAUGUUUCAUUCUGCAUUGGUCACGAGGAAAUUAACUGCGUUCGUUACAAAAUCGCAGCUUUAUCAGAACCAUUUAAGGCUAUGCUUUAUGGUGGUUUUGCAGAGUCCCAAAUGAGAAAGAUUGAAUUUUCGCGAAAUGGUAUAUGUCCAGAGGCGAUGAGAGCAGUGGAAAUUUACAGCAGAACUAAAAGAUUGGACCUUUUCUGUGUUGAGACUGUUUUGGAGCUUUUGUCUUUUUCUAAUAGGUUCUGUUGUGAGGAAAUGAAGUCUGAUUGUGAUGCCCAUUUGGCCUCAAGUGUUGGUAAUCUUGAAGAUGCAGCAUUUCUCAUUCAUUAUGCAUUAGAAGAGAGAGCUUCCCUUCUAGUAGGGUCAUGUUUACAGGUAUUACUUAGAGAAUUGCCGAAUUCUCUGUACAAUUCUAGAGUGAUCAAAAUCUUCUGUAGCUCUGAGGCUAAGGGAAGUUUGGCCACAGUUGGGUAUGCUUCUUUCUUGUUGUACUAUUUCCUAAGUCAGGUGGCUAUGGAAGAAAGCAUGGCAUCUAAAACAACACUGAUGUUACUAGAAAGAUUAGGAGAAUGUGCCGUAGAAAAAUGGCAGAAGGCCCUUGCAUUUCAUCAAUUAGGCUGUGUGCUGCUUGAAAGGAAAGAAUAUAAAGAAGCACAGCAUUAUUUCGAAGCAGCAGCUGAGGCAGGUCAUGUUUAUUCUAUGGCCGGUGUGGCUAGAACAAAGCACAAGCAAGGUCAACCAUAUUCAGCAUACAAGUUGAUAAGUUCUAUCAUAUUUGAGUAUAAACCAGCUGGGUGGAUGUAUCAGGAAAGGGCUUUGUAUAAUAUUGGAAAGGAAAAGAGUUUUGAUUUGGAUUUUGCAACUGAAUUGGAUCCUUCACUUUCGUUUCCUUAUAAAUACAGAGCUCUGGCAAAGGCAGAGGAGAAGCAGAUAAAGGCAGGAAUUUUGGAACUGGACAGAAUUAUUGGAUUUAAGCUCUCUCCUGAUUGCCUUGAAUUAAGGUGUUGGUUGUUUAUUUCAAUUGAGGAUUAUAAAAGUGCCUUGAGAGAUAUUCGAGCAUUGUUAACAUUAGAACCCAGUGUCAUAACAUCACAUGGGAAGAUCAAAGGGAAAUACUUGCUUAUGCUUCUUAUCCGUAGGGUUCAGCCUAAGAGUCUAGCUGACUGCUGGAUGCAACUAUACGAACAAUGGUCCUCUGUUGAUGAUAUUGGUUCUCUGGCUAUUAUACAUCAGAUGCUGGAAAAUGAACCUGGAAAGAGCCUUCUAGAGUUUCGUCAAUCUCUACUUCUUUUAAGGUUAAACUGUCAAAAGGCUGCAAUGCGUAGUCUUCGGUUGGCUAGAAACCAUUCUAGUUCCAUACAAGAAAGACUAAUAUAUGAAGGAUGGAUUCUCUAUGAUACUGGCUAUCGAGAGGAAGCACUGGCUCGGGCUGAGAGGUCCAUUUCAAUUCAAAGAUCAUUUGAAGCAUUUUUUCUUAAAGCAUAUGUGUUGGCAGAUGCUAAUCCUGACCCUGUGUCUUCUUCAAAUGUUAUCCAACUUCUAGAAGAAGCUCUUAAAUGUCCUUCUGAUGGACUUCGUAAAGGACAAGCGUUGAAUAAUCUGGGCAGUAUUUAUGUUGAUUGUGGGAAGCUAGAUCUCGCGAAAGAAUGCUACUCAAAUGCCCUUGCAAUCAGACACACAAGAGCUCAUCAAGGUCUGGCACGCGUUUAUCAUCAGAAAAAUCAGCGUAAAUCUGCGUAUGAUGAAAUGACUAAGCUAAUUGAGAAGGCAAUGAACAAUGCCUCGGCAUAUGAGAAACGAUCAGAAUACUCGGAUCGUGAGAUGGCAAAGUCUGAUCUUGACGUAGCGACACAACUAGAUCCUUUAAGGACAUAUCCAUACAGAUACAGAGCUGCAGUUAUGAUGGAUGAGCAAAAGGAAACUGAAGCUGUGGAGGAACUCACCAAGGCCAUAAACUUCAAGCCUGAUCUGCAAAUGCUUCAUCUGAGAGCAGCAUUUUAUGAGUCAAUGGGCGAUCUAGCAUUGGCUCUUCAAGAUUGCCAAGCAGCUCUUUGCUUAGAUCCAAAACACACUGACACACUUAAUCUGUAUCAGAGGACACAAAAAUCGAGCUAAUAUUAUCUCAACACAAACAGUCAAAUGGUGAGAAUGAGAAAUCUUGAUAUGCUGAGCUGUUUUGUGUAGAAAAUUGUAGGGACAUUCAGAAUGCUGAAUCCCCCCCCCCCCCAAAAAUCUCAUAAUAUUCAGCUGAAAUCU